AAGGAGAAUCUCUCCCCAUUUUUCAUCACCCACCUUGGCCCUCCUUCUCCAUCUCUUUUCUCUCUAAUUUCUUGUAGAAAAGAGAGAGGGAUUCUCAUUCAAUGGCCUUAAACUCUUCCUCGGGGUUGUCUCUCCAUUGAAGAAAGCAAUCAUUUUGUGAUCUUCUUAGCCGAGUGUUGUGCUCUCUCUGUCUCUGUCUCUGUCCCUCUGUUGUGUUCUUUUUUCCUUUUCACUUUUUCGGCUGGGGUUGAAGGAGCGCAGAAAUGGGUGGAGCGGGUGCCAUCAGCCUGGAGGAGAUCAAGAAUGAGACUGUUGAUCUGGAGAAAAUUCCUAUAGAAGAAGUGUUUGAGCAGCUGAAAUGUACUCCAAAGGGUUUGACUACCGAAGAAGGAAACACCCGUCUCGAGAUCUUUGGACCCAACAAGUUGGAAGAGAAGAAAGAAAGCAAAAUCCUGAAGUUCCUUGGCUUUAUGUGGAACCCUCUGUCGUGGGUUAUGGAAGCUGCAGCUAUUAUGGCCAUUGCGCUGGCAAAUGGCGAUGGAAAGCCUCCAGAUUGGCAAGACUUUGUUGGUAUCAUUUGCUUGCUAGUGAUCAACUCCACCAUCAGUUUUAUAGAAGAAAACAACGCUGGUAAUGCUGCUGCGGCUCUCAUGGCUGGUCUUGCCCCCAAAACCAAGGUGCUUAGGGAUGGCAAGUGGAGUGAGCAAGAAGCUGCCAUUUUGGUUCCUGGAGAUAUCAUCAGUAUCAAAUUGGGAGACAUCGUUCCUGCUGAUGCCCGUCUUCUUGAGGGUGAUCCGCUGAAGAUCGACCAAUCCGCCCUGACAGGAGAAUCGCUCCCAGUGACCAAGAAUCCCUCUGAUGAAGUUUUCUCCGGCUCCACAUGUAAACAAGGGGAAAUCGAAGCUGUUGUCAUUGCCACCGGUGUUCAUACCUUCUUCGGUAAAGCCGCGCAUCUUGUAGACAGCACCAACCAAGUUGGGCACUUCCAGAAGGUGCUCACCGCUAUUGGGAACUUCUGUAUCUGCUCAAUAGCAGUCGGAAUGCUGGUUGAGAUUAUAGUGAUGUACCCGAUCCAACACCGCGGGUACAGAAAUGGGAUCAACAACCUCUUGGUCCUUUUGAUUGGAGGCAUACCCAUUGCCAUGCCCACGGUUCUGUCGGUGACCAUGGCCAUUGGGUCCCACCGCCUGUCUCAGCAAGGUGCGAUUACUAAGAGGAUGACUGCCAUUGAAGAGAUGGCUGGUAUGGACGUCCUCUGCAGUGAUAAGACCGGUACCCUGACCUUGAACAAGUUGAGUGUCGAUGUAAACCUGGUCGAAGUGUUUGCCAAAGGAGUGGAGAAACCGCAUGUGAUAUUGCUCGCGGCCAGAGCUUCUAGGACGGAAAACCAGGAUGCCAUUGAUGCAGCCAUUGUGGGAAUGCUUGCUGACCCAAAGGAGGCUCGAGCCGGGGUCACGGAGGUGCACUUCUUCCCAUUCAAUCCUGUGGACAAGAGAACUGCCUUGACUUACGUUGAUUCAGAUGGAAGCUGGCACCGUGCAAGCAAAGGAGCACCUGAGCAAAUUUUAGCGCUCUGCAAUGCCAGAGAAGACCUUAAAAAGAAGGUCCACUCUGUCAUAGACAAAUUUGCUGAACGUGGGCUGCGGUCCCUGGCUGUCGCUAGACAGGAAGUGCCAGAGAAAAGCAAAGAGAGUCCCGGUGCCCCAUGGCAGUUUGUUGGUCUAUUGCCCCUCUUUGACCCUCCGAGGCAUGACAGUGCAGAAACUAUUCGCAGAGCUCUCAAUCUCGGUGUCAACGUCAAAAUGAUUACUGGUGAUCAACUUGCCAUUGCUAAGGAGACGGGGAGGAGACUUGGAAUGGGAACCAAUAUGUACCCAUCUGCUUCUCUGCUAGGUCAACACAAGGAUGCUAGUAUCGCGGCCCUUCCUGUAGAAGAACUCAUUGAGAAAGCAGAUGGUUUUGCUGGUGUUUUCCCUGGUAAGUCCCUUCUUUUCUCAUCUACUACUCUCUUGUGUCUAUUUUCAACUAGAAGAUUUGCUUACUCUAACAAGUACACCAAAUCUUAUCCAAAUCUCUAUUUGGCAGAGCAUAAGUACGAGAUUGUGAAGAAAUUGCAGGAGCAAAAGCACAUUUGUGGGAUGACGGGCGAUGGUGUCAACGAUGCCCCGGCUUUAAAAAAGGCAGAUAUUGGAAUUGCUGUUGCCGAUGCUACUGAUGCUGCACGGGGUGCUUCUGAUAUUGUCCUCACAGAACCUGGGUUGAGUGUUAUCAUCAGCGCUGUCUUGACUAGCAGAGCUAUAUUCCAAAGGAUGAAGAACUACACAAUAUAUGCAGUCUCCAUUACUAUCCGUAUAGUGUUUGGUUUCAUGUUUAUCGCUCUAAUUUGGAAAUUCGACUUUUCUCCAUUCAUGGUUUUGAUUAUUGCCAUUCUAAAUGACGGAACAAUCAUGACGAUUUCAAAGGACAGAGUGAAGCCGUCUCCACUCCCUGAUAGCUGGAAACUGAAAGAGAUUUUUGCCACUGGUAUUGUGCUUGGGGGUUACUUGGCGCUUAUGACCGUUAUAUUCUUUUGGGCCAUGCAUAAAACCACAUUCUUCUCAGACAAAUUUGGGGUCAGAUCUCUGAAAGACAGACCGGAUGAAGAGAUGGCUGCUCUGUACCUUCAAGUGAGUAUCGUGAGUCAGGCACUGAUAUUCGUGACGAGAUCUCGUAGCUGGUCAUUUGUUGAGCGCCCGGGGCUUCUUUUAAUGAGUGCUUUCUGUGUUGCACAACUCAUUGCUACAGUGUUAGCUGUAUAUGCCAACUGGGGCUUUGCAGAAAUUAAGGGAUGCGGGUGGGGAUGGGCUGGGGUCAUCUGGCUCUACAGCAUCGUCACCUACUUGCCUCUGGAUAUCCUCAAAUUCGCUAUUCGCUACAUUUUGAGUGGAAAGGCAUGGGUUAGCAUGCUAGAGAACAAGACCGCAUUCACCACCAAGAAAGAUUACGGUAAAGAGGAGAGAGAAGCCCAAUGGGCUCAUGCUCAGAGGACUCUUCACGGUCUUCAACCCCGGGAGACUUCCAGCAUCUUUAAUGACAAGCACAGCUAUAGGGAGUUGUCGGAGAUCGCUGAGCAGGCCAAGAGACGAGCUGAAGUUGCAAGGCUUCGGGAGGUCAAUACACUCAAAGGUCACGUCGAGUCCGUGGUGAAGCUGAAAGGGUUGGACAUCGACACGAUCCAGCAGCAUUAUACCGUGUGAAUAACUUAAUCGAACUCCAUCAAAAGAGUUGCGGAAAAAGGUCCCGAGGCUCGCCACUUCCCCAUUACACCAUGGUCGUGACUGAUCGAGUCGAAGGACUAACUAGCUAAAAUACUUGUGCAAGGGAGGGAGAGGGUUUCUUGAUCAUAAAUCUCCCUGCGCGUUCUUUUCUUUGUCCUUUUCUUUUGUUCCCUCCCUUCUUUUUCCAUGUAUUUGAAGGCCAGAAAGAAGGCUCGUGUUUGCUUUGCUCCGUUUUCCACCGUCCAGUUUAAUGGGGGAGCUAUGUAAAACUUUGUUGCACCAUUUCCCAGCUUAAACGAUCCUCUCCAUCUUUAACUUAAGCAUUUAAACUUGUCUC